AUGGCGUCCAGGCCCAAGUGGCACGCGGUGGGCAGCGGGGCCCCACAGCCCCCGGGCGGCCCGGCCGUGCACGCCGAGGAGGAAGAGGAAGACGGAGUGGAAGAUGAGGACGAAGACGAGGGAGAGAGCGACGAAGACGAGGAUGGAGACGACGAGAGCGUCGACGAGGAAGUGAAUGUUGAAUUUGAAGCUUAUUCCAUCUCCGACAAGGAUCAUGACGGAAUUAAGAAAUUAUUGCAACAGCUUUUCCUAAAGGCUCCUGUGAACACUGCAGAACUAAGUGAUCUCUCAAUUCAACAAAACCAUAUUGGGAGUGUGAUAAAGCAGACGGAUGUUUCAGAAGACAGCGAUGACGAUGUGGAUGAAGAUGAGAUUUUUGGGUUCAUAAGUCUUUUAAAUUUAACUGAAAGAAAGGGAACCCGGUGUGCUGAACAAAUUAAAGAGGUGAUCCUGAGCUCCUGUGAGAAGAACUGUGGAAAGAGUUUGGUGGAACAGCUGGAUACACUUUUAAACGACAACUCCAAGCCUGUGGGCUUUCUCCUCAGCGAGAGGUUCGUUAACGUCCCUCCUCAGAUUGCGCUGCCCAUGCACCAGCAGCUCCAGAAAGAACUAGCAGAGGCACACAAAACUAACAAGCCGUGUGGGAAGUGUUACUUCUACCUUCUGAUUAGCAAGACGUUUGUGGAAGCUGGAAAAAAUUCCAAAAAGAAAGGGAGCAACCAAGAAGAGAAAGAGGAGUUAAUGUUUGCAAAUGCAGAGGAAGAAUUUUUCUAUGAGAAGGCCAUCCUGAAGUUCAGCUACUCGGUGCAGGAAGAGAGCGACACUCGUCUGGGAGGCAGGUGGUCCUGUGAGGACACCCCAUGAAGCCCUUGUGAACCG